AGAUGGAGAAGUAUGAGAAAAUCAAAGUGGUCGGAAGAGGAGCUUUUGGGAUAGUGCACCUGUGUCGCCGGCGCAGUGACGGGGCCUUUGUGAUCCUGAAGGAGAUCCCAGUAGAGCAGAUGUCCCGUGAUGAACGCCUCGCUGCCCAGAACGAGUGCCAGGUGCUGAAGCUGCUCAACCACCCCAACAUCAUAGAGUACUAUGAGAACUUCCUGGAGGACAAGGCUCUGAUGAUCGCUAUGGAAUAUGCACCAGGUGGAACCCUAGCCGACUACAUUCAGAAGCGCUGUAACUCCCUGCUGGAUGAGGACACCAUCCUGCACUUCUUUGUCCAGAUCCUGCUGGCCCUGUACCACGUGCACAACAAGCUCAUCCUACACCGCGACCUGAAGACCCAGAACAUUCUGCUUGACAAGCAUCAAAUGAUCGUCAAAAUAGGUGACUUUGGAAUCUCCAAAAUCCUAGUCAGCAAGAGCAAAGCCUACACUGUGGUGGGGACCCCAUGCUACAUCUCUCCAGAGCUGUGUGAGGGGAAGCCCUACAACCAGAAGAGUGAUAUCUGGGCCCUGGGCUGUGUUCUAUAUGAGCUAGCCAGCCUCAAGAGAGCUUUCGAGGCUGCUAACCUACCUGCCCUAGUGUUGAAGAUCAUGAGCGGUACCUUUGCCCCGAUCUCAGACCGGUACAGUCCAGAACUCAGGCAGCUCAUCAUGAACAUGCUCAAUCUGGACCCGUCCAAACGCCCACAGCUCAAUGAGAUCAUGGCCCACCCUGUUUGCAUCAGACCCCUGCUCAACCUCUACACUGAUAUAGGCAAUGUCAAAAUGCGUAGAAUCGAGAAACCAAUGUCCACCGUGCAGUCAGGAGGUCAUGGUAGACCAGGAGGGCGAAUUACCGGCACAAGGUCAUUCAGAGAUGGACGGAUGGGAACAGGAAAGUUGCACUCCCUCCCCCUGUCAUCAGUGUACACAUGGGGCAGUGGCAUCUCUGCGCCCCUGCGUCUACCCAUGCUCAACACAGAGGUGCUGCAGGUGGCCCUGGGACGCACACAGAAGAUGGGCGUUACCAAGUCAGGCCGACUCAUCACCUGGGAGGCUCCAUCAGUAGGAUCAGGUGAGCCCACUCUGCCUGAUGCAGUGGAACAGAUGCAGCCGCAGUUAAUCUCUCGCUUCCUGGAGGGCCAGUCUGGAGUCACCAUCAAGUCUGUGUCCUGUGGGGAUCUCUUUACCACCUGUAUGACAGACCGAGGUAUUAUUAUGACGUUUGGAAGCGGAAGCAAUGGCUGUCUCGGACAUGGGAAUUUUAAUGACGUAACACAGCCCAAGAUCGUGGAGGCCUUACUUGGAUAUGAGCUGGUCCAGGUGUCAUGUGGUGCUUCCCAUGUGCUUGCUGUGACCAAUGACAGAGAAGUAUUCUCCUGGGGAAGAGGAGACAAUGGUCGCCUGGGGAUGGGCACCCUGGACUCCCACAACUCUCCCCAGCAGGUGUGUGUACCAGGGGAGUUUGAGGCCCACAGGGUGCUGUGUGGAGUGGAUUGCUCCAUGGUUAUCAGCACCCACAACAGCAUUCUGGCCUGUGGCAGCAACAGGUUCAACAAGCUGGGGUUGGAUAAGAUCAACGCUGCAGAGGAGCCAGCCCCCUGUGACCAGAUUGAAGAAGUCCACUCGUUUAGUCCUGUCCAAUCAGCACCGCUGAACGUGGACAAGGUUGUUUACUUUGACAUUGGAACAGCCCACUCUGUUGCCGUCACAGAGAAGGGUAAGUGUUUCACGUUUGGCAGUAACCAGCAUGGUCAGCUGGGCUGUAGCUCCCGCCGAACCAGUCGUGUGCCCUACACGGUGCCGGGCCUACAGGGCAUCACCAUGGCAGCCUGUGGGGAUGCCUUCACUCUGGCCAUUGGAUCAGAAGGGGAGGUGUAUACCUGGGGAAAGGGGGCCCGUGGCCGCCUCGGAAGGAAAGAGGAGGAUUCUGGGAUACCGAAGGCAGUGCAGCUCGACGAGAGCCACCCGUUCACGGUGACGUCGGUGGCCUGUUGUCAUGGCAACACUCUGCUGGCAGUGAAACUAAAUAUUUUACCUAUUACCUUUUUGUUAAAGAAAAUUAUGUGAAAUUGCCAGUAGCACAUACUGUAUGUGGUGAAAUCAAACAGCAAUCACCAAUCCCGGGAUGAAAGAAAAGAGAAACUUGAGACAAGCUCCUUUUAGAUGACACUGACAGAGAUCCAUGUUUUUUCCUUGUAGAACAGAAGGUCUGAAAGAGCCUAUUUGUUAAUAGAUUGCUAAUUAGCUAACCCCACAAUGCAGAUUUUCCCGUAGCUUUCUCCCAGUCAGUCAAUUCGGAAGUGACCACCAAGCCCCAUGUUUGGCUUUUUGUGUCUCCAUAGCCUCAGGGUCUGUAGUAACAGAGGCUCAUUAACGGUGGUUGAGGCAAUCAGUUGUGCCUUGCUCUCCACAAGCAAUAAAAAGAACAACAGGGGCCUGCCUCCCUAUCAUGCUUAGCUCGUUAGCCAUUGGGGAGAUGAGCUGGGGUUAGCUCUGUCUAUAAACCUGAAUGUAACAAACCAGUGUCUCUGAUAAUAGGCGUCCUCUGUGCCAUGUCCACAAAACCAGGCAGAGGGUUGGUUAGGUUGUAUGUCUGUAUCCAUUUACACCAGUAAUCAUUUACUCACAUUUCACAUUGAUUUCAGGUUGCUUGCAUGCAGUUUAUGGAUGUUCAUGUAAUGUGAAUAGUUCCCCAACCUCAAUAAGAGAAUACUGUAUAUUAUCCAGCCUGUGAUGAAUGGUCCCUCUAAUCAGGAAUAGCGGACAAGCUAGCAAUUCCUCUGCUUUAAAACUCGAUGGUUUCCCAAAUGGCACCCUAUUCCCUUUGUAGUGCACUACUAUUGACCAGAGCCCAUAGGGUACUGCACUAUAUAGGGAACAGGAUGCCAAUUGGGACGUAAUCAAUAUCUAUUAAAAUGAUGCAUGAAAUAAACUAAAGCAACCCUCAUAUUAAAAAUAGAUGCAGAUUUAGGAAAUAUUAAAUUGCACAUAAAAUCUAGUCAGUAAGUAAGAGAGACGUCUCUAAUCUUUGGAAGAGACCCAAGACCUGUUCCAGUGUAACUCUGACCUGGCUGAGUAUUAGUGUGUACCAUGUGGUAGGGACCUGAAACGCCAACACAGUAGCCAGAGUGCCCUCACACAGGUCAUUUCACCUACAUUUGACUUCCAUGAGGUUUGUUAUUUUAUCAAUGUAUGAGUAGUACAUUAGUCCAGAUACAGUAUGACUAAAUCCAUGGUAGACAAUGGCAGUGUGUGGGCAUUAGAAACAUUAUUGUGCCACCAUACCUACUGCAUUGUGUCUAAGUGAAGUAGUCAAGAUAAAAAUGUGGGUGUAUCUAUAUCUAAAAUACAAGACUGAAAUAAUUCAAUACCUGUCCUGAAACCUUUUACAAGACUCAGGCCCCUUAUAGUAUGUAACUGUACACAUGCAUGCAUUGUGUAAGAUGGUAUAUUCUUGUCUGUCUUUAGUGCUAAUGUCAGUGAUACGUUGAUGGCUUGUCUGAUUGCUCUUUCUCAGCUUUGCUUGAGGAGCCUGUCCCCAGAUGAUACAGCUCUGAAAACCAUCCCACCACCGUCCACCCCCUCAGUAGCUGUCAGGAGAGAAACAGUGGCACAAGGUGAAGGAUUCCUGCACAUCUUACAGAUGUCUCAAGUCAGUUUAAAUGAACUUGUGCUUUUUUUUAUAUUAUGUUUUUCAUACAGUAUUAUGUAAAUGGUGGUGCCUUAUUAAUGGCACAAUUUAUGGAACAAAUGCAGAAAAUUCCAAACUUCUCAUUUUAGAAGCUAUUUAGCUUCCUAAGCUUGUGUAGCUGGUAGCUAAUAGAAUGCUUUACCAAAAGUAUUGGAGUGAGAUUGCAGGAGGAAGUCAUUGGGGAGCUUGGUUUUGUCCUCUCUCACCAGCGAGGUUAGCAUGAUAAAACACACAGUCCCAGGAUGUCUAACUGGUUUGGUAGCUUUAUUUACCCAGUAUUGAGUUAGGCAAAACAAUGUGUGUGAAGAAGGAAGGCUGCUUGUGUAGUACUGCCACUACAGUGUGAGCCUACUAACUGACUCGUCAGUGAAAUAAAGCAAGCAACUACAGCACUUUAAAUCUUGAGCACAUUAUCAGUUCUCUCAUUGUGCUUUUAGGAUUAGUCCUCAUCAAUUGGAUUAGUAACUUUUGUUUUCAUUCACAAUAACAGAUGGUUUGUUUAGUGUCAUAGUAAGGUACCUUUACACAACACAUGAACAGUGAAAUGUUCUUUAAGACUGUUGACUAAAGGAGGCCACUUCUAUAGUACAUCCAAUUCAAGACACAGACCUUUCAACCCUCAAUGAUGCCCAGCAUAAGAAACAAAGCCUUUUUUUGUGACUUUUUCUAAUCAUAGUCGCACACCUCAUGUAGCCU